AUGUCAUCUAAAAGAAAAUCGCCACCCUCUAAAUUGCAAGACGGAACCGUUGACACAGAAAAGCCUGAAGCCGGUCCCGCUAAUCUGGAAUUCUCGGACAACCACGAAUCAGAUGACAACGAUCGCUUUUACAAAUUCUCACCGAGCUCUUCCCCUAGAACGUCUAUAAGUGAGGAAGAAACUUACGAGGACGAGCAACCGAGUAAAAAGCAACGAUUCGAAACCGACAUGACAAAUAACCUUCUAGUCCCAUCGAGCUUUUUAAGUCUUCACCAGGUCAACGACCUCCAAGCUAGAAGACGUGGCUCGUCAGAAUGCAGUAGCCCUGGAGCAGAAGCUAAGGUUUUGGGGCUAUGCAAUAACAAUAAUUCAUUGCUGAAUCAUAACAGUGCGUUGUCUCUCGCGCCGCCGCAUAAGCGGUCGAUGGAUGACGUGCUAAAGCGUUUGACGUCGAAAAUGAACAAUAGUACUAUUAAAGAAGAGAAAAGGCCUACGCCGUCUACUACACCUGUUAAGCAGAACAAUGAUCGUCGGGGCGUGUUAGACGCGGCGGCGCUGCAAGCUUUAGCUGGCGAGAGCGUGUUGGAGAAGGAAAGGCAGUUAUCAGAAAUGAUAUUACAGCUACAAAUGGUGAGAGAGCAGCUUUUGGCCCAACAAGAACAUAAUAAGAACAUAGGCACCGUAUCGGCAGAGCUUGAGCUACAGAGACUUCAACAAGAACAUCUCAGAAGGCAAGAGAUGGUGAGACGCGGCCAUUCUCUGUACCCUGGACCUCCACUAGCUUUGCUCCCGCUACUAGAGCAAAUGCGACCACAGCCUCCACCACAGACCAAUGUUGUUCCAUCAAGUCCUUGGCCAGCUACAGCUCAAUUGGCACAGCUGACAGCCAGUGCAAGGUCUUCACCCCCACAGGAUCCAGACGCACCCCUAAACCUGAGCAAGCAACGUUCACCUUCACCCGCACAACAAGUCAUGCUCCCUCGGUACAUGCCGUACCCGCCAAUGGAAGACAACAACCCUUACAUGAAAAAAGAUGACGAAUAUAACACAGCAUGCAAUACGUCAUCCUGGAACCAGUCCCCUCCAGAAGAAUCAGAAAAAGCAAAGUUGAUUCGUCAACCGAAACGCGACGAAACCGGCAAACCUCACAUUAAGAGACCAAUGAACGCCUUCAUGGUGUGGGCAAAAGACGAACGUCGCAAAAUCCUAAAAGCAUGCCCUGAUAUGCAUAAUUCAAAUAUAUCUAAAAUACUUGGAGCAAGAUGGAAGGCUAUGUCUAAUGCAGAGAAACAACCAUACUAUGAGGAACAAUCGAGACUCUCAAAAUUACACAUGGAAAAACAUCCUGAUUACAGGUACCGGCCAAGACCAAAGCGAACAUGCAUUGUAGACGGCAAGAAGAUGCGGAUAUCGGAGUACAAAAACUUGAUGCGUACGCGCAGACAAGAAAUGAGGCAACUAUGGUGUAGAGACGGUGGAAGCGAAUUGAACUUUCUCCCGUCCCUAUCGAGUCCUGGACCUUCCAACUCCUCACCUCCCCCAAAUGGGGGUAAUUAUAUGAACCCCGCUUUCUCCCCUCCACUUUCCCCUCGAGAGGAGGAU